GGUUACAGCUUCUUGCUGAUUGGCCGAGAGGACGGCUCUCGCGAGAUCCACGCCAGCGGCCUGGCGGAGGCGGUGGAGGCCCCGUGUUUGUGCGUCGGAGCCGGCACCGCGGCGCUCUCGUAAGAGUCCAGAAUGAGUUAUACAGAAAAACCUGAUGAAAUCACAAAAGAUGAAUGGAUGGAAAAACUUAAUAACUUGCAUAUCCAGAGAGCAGACAUGAACCGCCUUAUCAUGAACUACCUUGUUACAGAGGGCUUUAAAGAAGCAGCAGAGAAAUUUCGAAUGGAGUCGGGAAUUGAACCGAGUGUUGAUUUAGAGACUCUGGAUGAAAGAAUAAAGAUUCGAGAAAUGAUAUUGAAGGGACAGAUCCAAGAAGCCAUUGCGUUAAUAAACAGCCUCCAUCCAGAAUUGCUAGAUACAAACAGAUAUCUUUACUUUCAUUUGCAGCAGCAGCAUUUGAUUGAGCUGAUUCGGCAGCGUGAGACAGAAGCAGCUCUGGAAUUUGCUCAGACCCAAUUAGCAGAGCAAGGGGAGGAGAGCAGGGAAUGCCUGACAGAAAUGGAGCGCACGCUGGCUUUGCUUGCCUUUGAUAAUCCUGAAGAAUCACCAUUUGGAGACUUGCUUAACAUGAUGCAGCGACAGAAGGUAUGGAGUGAGGUUAAUCAAGCUGUUCUAGACUAUGAAAAUCGUGAAUCAACACCCAAGUUGGCAAAAUUACUGAAACUACUACUGUGGGCUCAGAAUGAGCUGGACCAGAAGAAAGUGAAAUACCCCAAAAUGACAGACCUCAGCAAGGGGACGAUUGAAGAACCCAAGUAAAACGUGUGCAGAUGGACACCAAACAAUCCUAGUACUGCACAGUAUACAUUUAUAUCAGUCUGUGACUGAAAUAUUUUUACUACAGUACAGCACUCAAUUCAGAUUUUUCAAUGAACAUCGAAUUUGAAGGGAGAAAAGUCCCUUUUAAAUGCUGCAAAAACUGCAUUGAAAGGCGCUGUAUCUCUUUGAAAGUCUGACUUAGGCUAUGCACUAUAAUACCUUUUUAAAAACCAAGUGAACAGGACAGGAACAAGAGCAUUUUUAGAAGUACAGAACUCAAAACUUUCUAAUUGGCUACUGAUGCCUAGUUUAGUCGCCAGCGAGUUAACACGGUGUUAUAUUGGCAACUAUUCAGUUCAGUUUAAUUGUCUCCUGUUUGAAAUGUGUAUAUAGAACAGUGAAUAUUUUCUACCUUUAAGUUAUAGACAGAUAUACAUUCCCCUUCAAAGUAACUGGUCAAGUUUUCAUCUAUAAACUUUGCAGUAAGGUCAAUGUUUUGCUUAGGAAAUAGUGUACAAACUUGUAAAUCAUAAUUUAAGGAAUUAUUUUGUUUU